GUUUACUGACUAAGAUGGCGACUGAGGCGCGGAGUGAAGGGGAGGUGCCAGCCGGCGAAUCUGGCCGGAGAGAUGCCAUCUGCAAUUUUGUUAUCUGCAAUGACUCUUCCCUUCGAAGUCAGCCCAUUAUCUUCAAUCCUGACUUUUUUGUGGAGAAACUCCGACAUGAGAAACCUGAGGUGUUCACCGAGUUGGUGGUCAGCAAUAUCACAAGGCUCAUCGACUUGCCUGGAACUGAGUUGGCUCAGCUGAUGGGAGAAGUGGACCUUAAGUUGCCUGGUGGGGCCGGCCCGGCAUCAGGAUUCUUCCGGUCUCUAAUGUCUCUCAAGCGAAAGGAAAAAGGAGUAAUAUUUGGAUCCCCACUGACAGAGGAAGGCAUUGCCCGUAUAUACCAACUGAUUGAAUAUCUACACAAAAACUUGAGAGUAGAGGGUUUGUUUAGAGUACCAGGGAAUAGUGUCCGACAGCAGAUUUUAAGGGAUGCUCUCAAUAAUGGAACUGAUAUCGACUUGGAAUCAGGGGAGUUUCACUCAAAUGAUGUUGCUACCUUGCUGAAGAUGUUUCUAGGAGAGUUACCUGAGCCCCUGCUGACACAUAAACAUUUUCAUGCACACCUCAAAAUUGCUGAUUUGAUGCAGUUUGAUGAUAAAGGAAACAAGACCAAUGUACCAGAUAAAGAGCGGCAAAUUGAGGCUCUUCAGUUGCUAUUCCUCAUUCUCCCUCCACCCAAUCGUAACUUGCUGAAGUUAUUGCUUGAUCUCCUGUACCAGACAGCAAAGAAACAAGACAAGAAUAAGAUGUCUGCCUAUAACCUUGCCCUUAUGUUUGCGCCCCAUGUCUUGUGGCCAAAAAAUGUCACUGCAAAUGACCUUCAAGAGAAUAUCACAAAGUUAAACAAUGGGAUGACUUUUAUGAUUAAACACUCUCAGAAACUUUUUAAGGCUCCUGCUUAUAUUCGGGAAUGUGCCAGAUUGAACUAUUUGGGUUCUAGAACGCAAGCAUCAAAGGAUGAUCUUGAUCUGAUAGCUUCGUGUCAUACCAGCUCCUUCCAAGUGACAAGAUCUCAGAAAUGGAACCAGCGAGAUUCCUGCCUUCAUCAGGAGGAGACCCAGCAGCGUACGGGAGAGGCACUAAGAGAAUUGUUCCAACAUGUUCACAAUAUGCCAGAGUCGGCAAAGAAGAAACAGCUUAUCAGACAGUUUAAUAAGCAUUCUGAGACUCAAACACCAGGACGAGAACCUUCUACCCUCCGGGUGCAGAAGAGGGCCCGUUCACGGUCCUUCAGUGGCCUUAUUAAGCGGAAGGUCCUGGGAAAUCAGAUGAUGUCAGAAAAGAAAAACAAGUACCCUACUCCAGAAUCUGUAGCCAUUGAUGAAUUGAAGAGAGCCAGCAAAGAAAAUAUAAAUUUAUUAUUUUCUGGCUCUCCAGCUGUCAUGAUGACACCAACAAGACUGAAAUGGUCUGAGGGGAAGAAAGAGGGGAAAAAAGGCUGGGCUGUCUGAUUGAGCCUAGGAUUCCUCUGAAGGAUCCAGAGGUUUCCUGUUGUCCACCCAGAAUUUUCUCUUUUGUGGGCCAGGUGCCAUUACCACUCACAGAGAAGCUUGGACUUGCAGCUUGCUUGCUGCAUGUUGAAUUGUGAAAGCCAACUAAUCCUGUGACUUGACUGACGCCUCUAGCCCCACUCAGUGGGUGACAUCUACAGACUCUGCCUGCUGAACCAGUGCUAGCGACUCUCUCUCUCUCUUUAAAAAAAACGUUAUGGGGAAACCACUAACCAGCCAAAUCGGCGUAGACAGCACAGUAAAUGAGUAGAACCAGGCAAACUCCUGUGCUCAUUCCAUGUAUUUGUUUAGGCAGAUUCUAUUUUUAAAAUAUUUGAAAUCUGUGCUCAACUGCCAGUGAUUUUUUUAAAAAGUGCUGUCAAUCCUGGUGGAUUGAUGUUAUUUUUAACUGAUAGCUUGGGCUUUUCUCUAUUUUGAUAGUUUUGGGAGAUGUUUUGGUUAUUGUUUCUUGUUUAUUUGUUGUUUGUGUAUUUUAAAAGGUAAAAAAUCAAAAUGGGCUCUAAGCCAGAUGUCUUUCCUCUCUUUUUCACCUUAAGCUUUGGGAAAGCUCUUUAACUUAUGAGGCUUUACUCCUCAAUACCUAUUUUUGUCCAAAGAAUUUAUAGCUUUCCUGGAAAUUCUUUUAUUAUUUCUUGGGCCUGAGAUUGUAGGUAUUUGGCCUGCAGUAUCAAAAAAGGAGAAUUCAGAAUGAUACAAUAUUUAAACAAAUAAUAUUAAACUGUGGCCCUUCUUCCCUCCCUCCAUUCUCUCUCCUUUCCUCUCUUCCCCUUUCCUCAGUGAUGUCAAAAUAGUU